AACGUUCAAUAGAGAUCAAGCGCUCGUUCAAGUGAAAUGCGAGAUCUGUCUAACAUCACCAACGUAGCUGUUUUCGAAUCACUGUGCUUUGUUGCCCCUGGGAAAAUACGAGACAUAUACUAAAAUCUGGCGGUAAAAGAUAAAUUUGAAUGGCGGAUUUCCUUCAUAACCUGUUAUCUCGCUUGUCGAAGCAACAGGGAACGCUUGUGGAUAACACCUGCACAGCUAUUUCAUUUUGGUUUACAACAGAAAUGCUGCCAUCUACCUUGUUAUUCUGGUUUCUUCUAUUCUCAGAAAUACAGACCGGUAUCUCUACUUUCUCCGACUACAGAGCUCCUAUGAUAGAUGUCGAACCUCCUUCGAAGCUGACUUUCCUCAACACUUCGGGAGCGUCACUUCAUUGUUCGGCUUCAGGAAACCCUAUCCCGGAUGUUUACUGGAUUAUAACGGAUGGAACAAAGGUUACCGAUCUACCUGGUCUACGAGUUUCCAUGUCUAACGGUACAUUGUUGUUUCCACCAUUUCAUUCAGAAAAUUACCGGCAAGAUGUUCACUCCACUCUUUACCGCUGUGUGGCGUCUAAUUCUUUGGGGAAAGUUGGAAGUAGGGAUGUCCAAGUCAGAGCAGUGUUAGAACAAGAUUACGCAGCUCAGAUACAUGAUGAGAUAGUUGUGCGAGGAAAUACAGCCGUCCUCUAUUGUCAUUUACCUAACUACGUCAAGGAGUUUGUCAAGGUUACGUCGUGGGAAAGAGAAGAUGGCGUGACAAUCAAAUCGAACGUAGCAAGUGGUGGAAGGUAUAGCGUUCUUGCUAAUGGAGAGCUUCACAUCCGGGAGACUGUGUUGAGUGACGGAUUUCAAUUUUAUAGAUGUCGCACUAGACACGAACUAAGUAGGGAAGACAGUAGGCUCAGCAUGUCCCAUGGGCGACUAAUUGUGUUAGAUGCAAAAGAAAAGCAAGCACCAAGAUUAUCUGACACUAGAAUAUCUGUCCACGUCCAAGAAGGCGAACCAGUCGAACUGACGUGUGCAGCCCAAGGUUACCCUCUGCCCAGUUACAGAUGGUACAAGAAUGAAGGAGGACGACUGGUUUCUGUUGUUGUGGGCAGAAGAGUCAUCCAAGUGAGUGGAUCCCUGUACUUCCGGGAUACCAGCAUCCGGGAUACUGGAUCUUACACUUGCGUUGUCAUAAACAGUGUCGGUGAGAGAAGAAUGGACAGCACACUUAUUGUAACAGAUGGUGAGCGUUUGCCAACCAAUAAGAGACAGCGGCUCUUUCGAAAUGCCAGUCUCACGAUCAGUAACAUUCAGAAAGCCGAGGAUGAAGGAACCUACUCAUGUACAGCCAAAAACAGAGAUGGCGCCACUGCCAAAGGAAGUGUGAAAGUUACCGUUCAAGAGAAACCCGUCAUCCUGCCAUUCAACUUUCCCAAGGAAAUACAACAAGGGAUGAAAAUUCGUCUAUUUUGUACAGUUGCUGCUGGCGAUCCUCCGUUUCAGCUGAGUUGGUUUAAAGAUGGCCAACCUCUUUUGCCUGGACGGAGUGAUGUCAUCAUUAACACUCCAGGUGAAGAUUACAGUUCCUUGAUUAUUGAGAGUGCCACGCCUGAACACAACGGUCAGUACACGUGUAGUGCAAAGAAUGAUGCAGCGUUGGUGAAUUACACCUCAACCCUUGUAGUCCGAGUUCCCCCAAGGUGGCGCAUAAAGCCGUCUGAUGUCAGUGUCAUUGCUGGAAAAAGUGUCACUUUGCACUGCCAAGCCGAAGGAUAUCCUCAACCGCGGGUUGUGUGGGAAAGAAAAACAGCAUCUAUGGUAAGCGGUUACCAGCAUAUCAGCACAAGUUAUCAUUAUCAGAUCUUCGAAAAUGGAUCUUUGACUAUAGAGGGCGUUACUGAGCAAGAUGCUGGGUUCUACUUGUGUCAAGCAACAAACGGAAUCGGACCGGAAAUGAGUACGGUGGUUAACGUUAGCGUUCACAUUGCUCCACAAUUUCAUACCAAAUUCCGGACCCAGAUGGCACAGAAAGGAGAAACUGUUACUAUAAAUUGUCAGGUGACUGGUGAUCUGCCCAUAUCUGUUGUAUGGCUACGUGAUCAACGAGCUUUGGACGUGGAUCUGGAAUCAAGAAUCGAAGAAAAAGAAAUUGUGAAAACACGAGGAAUGGAAUCUCAGCUACAGAUAACGUCAACGUCCCGAAUCGAUUCCUCCUUGUAUACGUGUAGAGCGUCUAACAGUUAUGGAUCAGAUGAGACUAACGUACAGUUAAUUGUUCAGGAACCACCUGAUCCCCCUCAAGAAAUAAAACUGCUUAAAUCUGGUAGUCGAAACGUGGUGAUCACUUGGAGCUCACCUUUCAGUGGAAAUAGCGUAAUCCUUAACUACACCGUACAGUGGAGAUCCAAAAGUGUCUCUCCUGCAAUAUGGAGAGUUCGCACAGUUCCAGCAAACGAAACAUCAUUCAUUAUUCACAAUUUAAAACCAGCUCAGACGUAUGAAGUCCGUAUGUUGGCAGGAAAUAUAAUGGGUAUAAGUCACCCAGGAAACACGUUUACUUUUUCAACUGAAGAGGAAAUACCCGAAAGCCCCCCUGAUGGUAUUAGAGUGGAAGCCUUUAAACCGCAGUCCUUACAUGUGUCUUGGAAGCCUCUAGCAGAAGAGUUGAGUAAUGGAGUUAUCCAGGGCUAUUACAUAGGGUAUAAAAUAACCAACAGCACAGACUCUUUCCAAUACAAAACUGUGAAAAACGAAUCUUUAGGCAGGUCUCGAGUGGAAUGUGAACUCUACGGGCUGAAAAAAUAUACUUCUUACACUGUCGUCGUUCAGGCUUUUAACAGGAAAGGUGCAGGGCCACGCUCUGACCCCGUGAUCGGUAGAACUAGAGAAGAUGUCCCCAGUUUUCCACCUAAGCAACCUAAUUGCACACCAUUGACCUCACAGAGCAUCAAAGUCACGUGGCUGUCACCUCCCCCUGAAUCACUCAACGGUGUUUUAAAAGGGUACAAAGUAAAGUUUGGACGAAGCAACGAAUUUAACGAACCUCAUACGCAGGACGUGACCAUUGGUAGUGACAGAUUAAUGGUUAUUUUACGAGGACUCGACAAGUUCUGCAAUUACACUAUAACAGUUCUAGCUUUUACCAGAGAAGGGGAUGGCAAACCCAGCGAGCCGUUCUUCUGCAGGACUUUAGGAGAUGUUCCUAGCCCACCUGCCGACAUUAAAGCCACACCAAUGUUACCAGACGCCAUACUGGUCAGCUGGCGACCUCCCUCGAAUCCAAAUGGUGUCAUUCAAAAUUAUACACUGUACCAACGGUCGUCCACUGGAGUUACUAAGAACACAGUGAAAAUGACGGUUCCUUCCACCCAGCGAUAUUACGAAGCCCACAAGUUGCCCCAAAACAGGCGCUUUGAAUUUUGGGUAACGGCGUCCACGGAGUACGGAGAGAGUAAAGCUACUAGAGUUUUGUCACAAACCACUUCGGCCUCAGUUCCUGCGCGUAUUGCUUCUUUUUCUGAAAAUAUUUUGGUAACCAAAGAAUCGAGCGUGGAGCUUCCUUGUCAAGCAGUCGGAAUUCCAGAUCCUGAUCGGAAGUGGAGUUUCAGAGGCCAACCAAUCGUGGAACGAGGUAGUAGAGUUCGUAUUCUAUUAAAUGGUUCUUUGUACAUUCCACACGUUCAAGAUGGCGACGCUGGUAACUAUACAUGCCGUGUGCAAAACAGUUAUGGAGCAGACGAGAUAGGUUUUGGUAUUAUCGUUAAAGGUGUGUUUCAGGCUCCAAAUCUAACAGUAAUCGCUGUUACAACGUCAACAAUACAAGUUAAAUGGGAGAUAGAUACACGUCCUCAUUACAAUGUCAAAGGUUACCUACUGAGCUACAGGCGACAAUAUGCGAGUUGGGAGGAGGUAGAAAUAAGGUCAGAUAGAAAAACAGCAACACUAAAAAAUCUCAAAUGUGGAACAAGGUACCUUCUACGUAUAGCAGCAUUCAGUCACACCAGUACAGGAGAGUAUAGCAAGCCUAUUUAUGGUCGAACAGAAGGAAAAUCUCCACAAGCCCCGGCCAAAACAACUUUUAUCACAGCUAAUUCCACUUUUCUUAUUCUUCAUAAGAAUGCUUGGAAUGAUGGACAUUGUCCAAUUAGAUCUUUUAUCGUUCGGUAUAAACGUUUUUUUGCUACUGAUUGGACGUUAACAAACAGUGAUACCAAAUCCCAUGUGAUAAUUCGAAAUCUUUCUCCCGGCACGUGGUAUAAGGUAUGGGUGACGUCACAUAAUGAUGCUGGUUCAACAGUAGCAGAAUAUCAAGUUGCAACACUAAAACUUGAUGGUGCAACAGUUGCUCCAUUAUCCUACGAAAGCAGUCAAGCCCCACCGAAUCUUUGGGAAGAUUUGAACAUUAUCAUUCCGAUCGUUGCAGCUGUUGUGGCUUUAUCCGUUGUUAUAGGUGUUGCUGUGUGCGUAUGCCUGAAGAAACGUCAAGGCGAUGAAACGUACGAAAGACGGAGAGCUAAUGAAAACACCUUGGCACUAGUGCCACCUAGUGGUCCCAAGAAAUACUCCGAUACGGUUCAACAUCAAGAAACUCCCAUCUACCAAAGUAUUCCUAAAAUACAAACACAUCUACCUGCACCUGCCUCAGAAAACCUGGUACAUGACUGUCAAAGGCAAUUUUACGAGGACGAGCUUACGCCGUACGCCACCUUUCGACUUCCAGGUUGUGAUUCAGACACUGAAAGCUCCCAGGGUACAGUUCGAGAAUUCCAGACUUUCGGAAACCAGUAUGAGCGAUCCUUUCCUGAUCCUUCGGCUCAGGAGGAAGAUCAAACUGGGCAAAGCGAGAAAAUAGACAAUCUUCCAAAACGUUCAGGUUAUCGGAUCUUUGACAUCACUAAUACACACAAAUUGUCCGCUUCAAGAUUUUGGGAAGACUAUCAGAGCCCUCAAGGUUCCAUCAUUCAAGUUAUUAAUGACACUUUCAAACAAAUAUCAAACCCCAAUGAGCCGUCCAGAUUCAGAACCAACUUGGAAGACAGAAGAAAGAUGGAGAAGAAUUAUGUCUUGGUAACAAGAAGCUUGGAAGAACGUUUACAUCAAAGAUUGUUGGGAGUUGGUACGAUUAACUGGGAGAACACCAAAUGUUAACAAACAGACAAGAGUCGACUGCGUUUUUAACCGAAGAAGUUUUGUUUGGAAGGAUAAAGCAGAAGUCGGAUGUAUUUUAACUGAAGGAAUUUUACUUAGAAGGAUGAGACAGAAGUCGAACAUAUU